CAGCGCCGUCCGUUUUUGUACAUAAGCUUAUACAUAAGACCAGUUCUCCUCUUCACCUGCUUUCAUAUCUACAUCUCACUUUCGAUCGACUGAUCUCUCGUCUGCCACUGCGCUGUAGCAUCACCCAUUCAACUUCAUACAAAUCACCAAGAUGUCUGCUCAGGCUUCCUCGACGCCCACCGAUUCCCCGAGUGGCUCGCCCAUUCAGCCACUUCACAACCCAUCUCAGGCGGCUCAUGUAUCCGUACCUCAAGCUCCUGUGGGUACUCAGCCGGCUCCGGGCGCUCCCACCCAGCAGCCCAAGCCUGGCUCAGCCGCGCAGGCGCUCCUCGCUAAGAAGAUGGCCAAGACGAACAAUCCCAAGUUUGUGUCGCCGACGGACAAAAUGAUGACUCCUGUAACUCAGAAACUCAACGCUGCAAAGCAGAAACGAUUUGCCAAAGGCGCGAAACCGUCUGGAGCUCUCUUCACUCAACGCGAGGGUGGCUCAGGAUCAUCCGACGAGGCCACUAGCGACAAAGACGCGGACAAGCCCACAAGCACAGAAGGACCCUCUGAUUCAAAGAUCAAACACGACGACGACAACCCGUUCUAGAUCGUGUAUCAUGCCACGAGCCGUAUUUAAUGCCUAAACGGUAGUCGUUUUCUCCCUCGUUCACUUGCUUGUCCAUCCGCUAUCGUGAUAUCGCUUUCCCAUUGAAGUCGUACACCUCGUAAAUAUUUAUCGACUUGACGAUCCUUCUUGUAUGCUUCCUUGUCAGUCCGUAUUGAACAGUCAUAUCGGCCCCUUUCUCCUUGUAUGAUCGUCAUUGCGAUGUCAGCACCUUGCAAUUGGGUUCAGACCCUUUCUCCGAUAGGUUACCACAUAUUGCAUUACAUGCGC